UAAUAUUUAUUCAGGAAAACAACAACAACAACAAAAUCCCGAAAGAAAAUAUAUGAAAAUGUGUAUUUAAAGCUUGUUUUCUGGAUAGAGGUUGUGCUGAUCCCAGAAGAAUGAAGAUAGCAGUAGAAGGCUGUUGCCAUGGUGAACUGGACAACAUAUAUCAGACAAUAGAAUACCUGGAGAAGAAAAACAAUGUCAAGGUUGACCUGCUUCUUAUCUGCGGGGACUUCCAGUCCGUCCGCAACACUGCAGACAUGGACUGUAUGGCAGUGCCACCGAAACAUAGGAAAAUGAAUUCAUUUUACAAGUAUUAUUCUGGAGAGAAAGUUGCCCCAAUACUGACAAUAUUCAUUGGAGGAAAUCAUGAAGCAUCCAACUAUCUACAAGAACUGCCGUAUGGUGGCUGGGUGGCUCCAAAAAUAUAUUAUAUGGGCUAUGCUGGUGUUGUUCAAGUUGGAGGUGUUAGAAUUGGUGGAAUGUCCGGCAUCUACAAAAGCAAAGAUUAUAUGAAAGGACAUUUUGAACACCCACCAUACUGUGAAGAUUCCAAGAGGUCUGCUUAUCAUAUCAGAAACUUUGAUGUGUUCCGUUUGAAACAGGUAAAACAGCACAUAGAUAUAUUUCUGUCACAUGACUGGCCCAGAGGGAUCUACAAGUAUGGUAAUGUAAACAAAUUGGUUCAGAAAAAGAAGUUUUUUGCCGAGGAGAUAGAGAAAGAUAUCCUUGGGAACCCAGUUGCAGCUGAUCUGCUAAAGCUGUUACAACCUACAUACUGGUUCUCAGCUCAUCUUCAUGUCAAGUUCCCAGCUCUUGUACAACAUUCAGAAGAUAAGAAUUCAAAGAUAACCCAGUUUCUAGCCCUGGAUAAAUGUUUACCUAGAAGACAGUUUUUGCAGGUAAUUGACGUUCCUCAUGACAAUUCCAAACCAAUGAAAUUGCAGCUUGAUUCUGAAUGGCUGGCCAUUCUGAAGUCGACCAAUCAUAUGCUGAGUUUAUCCAAGGCUCCACAUUAUCCUGGUGGAACACCAGGAGGAAGGACCGAUUUUACUCCAACAAAGGCUGAGAUUGAAGCCGUGAAAGCCGAAUUCGGAGAUAAUCUCAAUUUUCCCGAGCGAUUUGACACUUCGGUACCAGCUUAUGAUCCAAAACUGUCAAAACAGCAAAAUAAAAUGCCGUCUGCUCAGACAGAGAUAAACCCGCAGACAACAUUAAUUUGCAGUAUGCUUGAUCUCACUGAUCCAAAUGCCGUGUUUCUGGGAAAAGAUUCUAAAUAUAACCUUCCCGAAGAUGCUGAUGUUGAAAACGUUGAUGGUGGAGAUGAUAAUGAUGAUGAUGAUGAUGAUGAUAAUGUUGAUGAUGACUAUGACAGUGAACUGAGUUUUGUAUCGCUCUCGGAAAGUGAAAAAAGUUUCAGUGACCGCAGUUGUAGUUUAUUAUCUGUUGGAAAUGACAGCAUACUCUCUGCAGGUAAUGAAAGUUUUACUUCAGUAGGUAACGCAGAAGAGAUCUCAAUAACUGAAGAAGAUGAUAAUGUUGACAAUAGUAAUAAUAGCAGUGAAAUUAGGAAUUUGAGUAGCAAAAUUGAAGAAGCCCCUGGUAAAAUUUUCAGAAUUGAGAAAAGAUUGAGUUUAUCAGAAAAAUUGAAAAUGUGUCCGCCGACAGAAUCUGGGAGUAGUUCAGAUACUGCUCCGUCUUUAAACACGUCACAAGACGAGGUUAACGAUGAGUCAGAAAUUGCAGAAAUACUAGCUGCUCAAAAAUCAGAUGGACUUAAAACCGGAGCUGGUAUGUUUUCUCCUGGAAAGUCGGACUCGGAUUCAGAAAUCGUCGACAGUCAGACCAGCUCAUCUAGCUUAGACUGUAAGUCACUAGAAAUCAGUGACGACGAUCCAGAGUUACAGCAAAUGAUAAUGGCUCAAAGUUCAACAAAGAAAAACGAAAGUAUUAUUAUGGAAGUCUCAACUGAAAAAGAUGAUGUGGAAUUUCAAGCCAUAAUUGCAGAACAGAAAAAGAACAAAACAAUUUCCGAUAGUUUACCGGAACUAUCACACGGUGCAGAACUUGAAAGACCACUUAAUCAGUCAAGUCCAAUCGUGAAUAUAGAAAAUAAAUGUAUAGAAGAUUCUAUAGAAAAAUCUGGACAGAAAAGAAUGGAUACAGCAAAAACUAUAAAAAGUCCCGCUAGUAAAAAAUUCAAAAGGAGAAAUCAAGAUAUGUAUGUGAAGGAAGAUAGUAUAGGAGAAUUUUGAUCUGAAAAUUUCAGUUAAACUUAAAUGAUUUUUUUUUUGAAUGUCUUUUCCCAUGCAACAUUUGUUGGAAUGAGACUGCUUUGGCAGAUUAGUUAAAAGUUGUUUAUUUUAAGCAUUUAUCUCCUCAUUGUUGUGUUAUUAUGCUUAAUUAGGGACCAGAAGCUUUCGUGUAAGAAGGGGCCUCGGUGGCAGAGUGGUUCAGGUCACUGACUUCAAAUCACUUGCCCCUCAUUGAUGUGGGUUUGAGCCUCACUCGGGGCCAUGAAAUCUUCAUGUGAGGAAGCCAUCCAGCUGGCUUACAGAAGACCGAUGGUUCUACACAGGUGGCCGCUCAUAAUGAAAUAAUGGUCUUCCUCCACUAUCAAAAGCUGGAAAGUCGCUAUAUGACCUGUUACUGUGUCAGUGCGAUGUUCAAUGCAACAAAAAAUUUAUGUAACCUUAACUGAGAGUGUGACUUGAAACUAAAUGUAAACGUUAUUUUCUAACUUUUAAUGUCUUGAAUACAUUUUGUUUUGUUUUUGUAUUAAACUUUACAUCAUGUUAUGGUAUUGUACACAAAUAUUUGACGCAAAUAAAAAAUGAUAAGAAGCUUGAAAA